GACCUCGACAACAUCAUUGCGCAUCGAGUCAAUUGUGUAAGCACCGCCCCCCAGCUCUUCACUCGAUCCAUUGACGCUGACGACCAGCUCCACAGGGUAUCGACGACCAUGUCAGACACCUCCGUUCCCCCUCCCCCGAGCGCCGUCGCGCGCCCCGUCAGUGAGGCACUUCUCAACGAGAAGUGGGACCACUGCCUGUCCAACCUCCUCGUCAAGUCCACCCUCGGUCUUGGCUUCGGCGUCGUCUUCUCAGUCCUCAUUUUCAAGCGCAGAGCGUGGCCCGCCUUCGUCGGUGUUGGUUUCGGAGCCGGACGCGCAUACGAGGAGUGCAACUCCAGCCUGAAACAGGCCGCCAGAGAGAUCAGGAAGCAGGCAUAAGAUGCCACGACUGUCUAAUCGAUAAAUGACGCGAUCCGGAUCGGAAUACAGCUGUACAAACAUACUACGUCACACGCACGUGAAAGCUCGCUAGGGAGCCAGAAGCCGGCGGGCCCUUGUG